AUGGCGGCGUCCGCGAGGCCAGGGGAGAGGGCGACCAGCUUCGCCGUCGCGUGCAGCCUCCUCAGCCGCUUCGUCCGCCAGAACGGCGCCGCGGCCGCCGAGCUAGGCCUCGGGAUCAAAGGCGAGGUCGAGCAGCAGAGGACGCCGGCGACAAUUAACUUGCUCCCCGGAACGGAGGGCGAGGAGGCCGAGAGGAGGAAGGAGACCAUGGAGCUGUUCCCGCAGAGCGCCGGGUUCGGCGUCAAGGAUGCUGCUGCCCCUAGGGAGCAAGAAAAUAAAGAAAAGCCUAAGCAGCUCACAAUCUUCUAUGGCGGGAAGGUGCUGGUGUUUGAUGAUUUCCCUGCUGACAAGGCAAAGGACCUGAUGCAGCUGGCCAGCAAGGGCAGCCCUGUGGUACAGAACGUUGUUUUGCCUCAACCUUCUGCACCUACUGCUAUCACCGACAAGGCAGUGCCGGCCCCGGUCAUCAGCUUGCCUGCUGCUCAGGCUGAUGCUAAGAAGCCUGCUCGCACAAAUGCUUCUGAUAUGCCUAUUAUGAGGAAGGUGUCUCUUCACCGCUUCCUUGAGAAGAGAAAGGAUCGUCUCAAUGCAAAGGCACCAUAUCAAACUUCUCCUUCUGAUGCGGCACCAGUGAAGAAGGAGCCCGAGAGCCAGCCAUGGCUUGGACUGGGACCGAAUGCCGUGAAGUCCAAUCUGAGCCUGAGCUAG